AGUCCUCCAGCUGACUAUGCGCCCCCUCCUCCCCACCCUCCACCACCCCUCAAUUGCCCUUCCACUCCUCCUCCGCUCCUUCGCCCAUUCCAAACCCCAAAAACCUCCUCCCCAACCUCCGCCUCCGACGCCGCCAUCCCCUCCCAAACCUCCACAGAAAUCCGCUACCUUCACACUCCACGACGUCUCAUGGGAAGAUCCCUACAGCUGGAUGUCGAGCCUCAACGACAAAGUGGCCAUGCGCCACAUGGACGUUUACAUGGAGCAAGAAGAGAAGUACACCGAAGCCGUCAUGGCCGACUCCCAACGCCUCGUCUCCAAACUCCAAUCCGAAAUGGCCUCCCGCUUCGCCUCCGACCUCUCCACCCCUCCUCUCCGCUGGGGCCCAUGGCUGUAUUAUCGGCGGAUUGAAGAGGGGAAGCAAUAUCCUGUGUUGUGUCGGAGAUUGGCAAGCUUAAAUGAAGAGUUCAUUUCACAUAAAUCUCCUUCUGCUGGUUUUGAUUUUACUUCAGGGAAGAGAAUUGAGCAGAAGUUGCUUGAUUACAAUCAAGAAGCUGGAAGAUUUGGAGGUUAUGCUUAUGAGGAAUUAUCAGAAGUGUCACCAGAUCACCACUUUCUUGCAUACACAAUGUAUGAUAAGGACAAUGAUUACUUCAAGUUAUCUGUAAGGGACUUGAAUUUUGGAUCUCUAUGUAGUAAGCCUCAAGCAGACCGGGUUUCAAAUUUGGCUUGGGCAAAAGGGGGUCAGGCAUUGCUUUAUGUCGUCACUGAUCAGAAUAAGAGGCCAUAUAGGAUAUAUUGUAGCAUGCUUGGUUCAAAUGAAGAAGACGUAUUGCUUUUAGACGAACCUACGGAAAAUGUUUAUGUAAACAUAAGACACACCAAGGAUUUCCGCUUUGUGGCUGUAAAUACGUUCUCCACUAAGUCUUCCAAGGUAUUUUUGAUAAAUGCAGCUGAUCCUUUGUCUGGGCUAACUUCAGUAUGGGAGUGUGAGGGGCUGGCUCACUGUAUAGUUGAGCACCAUCAAGGGUGUCUUUACCUUUUUACGGAUGCUGCCAAGGAGGGCCAACCUGUUGAUUGUCAUUAUCUUCUUCAUAGUCCUGUACAUACUUCUGCACCUAGAAAAUGGGAGAGUGUACUUAUUGAUGACCAAGACUUGGUCAUUGAGGAUGUUGAUUUAUGCAACACACACUUGGUAUUCAUCUUAAGGGAAGGUCGAAAGUUCAAGCUUUGUUCAGUUGCUCUGCCCCUGCCAAAUGGGAAGGGACCAGUUUAUCUCAAAGAGCUCAAUCCACAAUUCUUGCCUCUUCCAAAAUAUGUUUCUCAAAUCUCACCCGGACCAAACUACGAUUACUAUUCGUCAACUAUGCGCUUUACAGUAUCAUCACCCGUGAUGCCUGAUGCUGUAGUUGAUUAUGACUUGUCAAACGUCAAGUGGAACAUAGUUCAGCAGCAAAAUAUGCUGCUUGACAGAACAAGAGUUUUGUAUGGAAGAACAUCUUCUGCUAGCAGUGCUGAAAAUUCAUCGAUCUCCCAAAGUUUAACAAAUAAAGCCAGUUUUGAAUAUGACCACUCAUGGAAUGACCUUGAUGAAUUUUAUGCCUGUGAGCAUUAUGAUGUCUCUUCAUGUGAUGGAGUUCUAGUUCCUUUGACUAUUAUCUAUUCACGCACAAGGAAGAAAAGGGCUCAUAAUCCCGGAUUACUUCACGUGCAUGGAGCUUAUGGAGAGCUGCAUGACAAACGGUGGAGAAGUGAAUUGAAAAGCCUUCUUGAUCGUGGCUGGGUGAUUGCAUACGCUGAUGUCAGAGGUGGAGGUGGUGGUGGUAAAAAGUGGCAUCAUGAUGGAAGGCGAACAGGAAAACAUAAUGCCAUUAAUGAUUAUAUUUCCUGCGCUAAAUUCCUAACUGAGAAGGACAUUGUGCAAGAAAAUAAGCUUGCUGGCUGGGGAUACAGUGCCGGCGGACUCUUGGUUGCUUCAGCCAUUAACUUUUGUCCAGAUUUGUUCCGUGCUGCAGUUUUGAAGGUUCCAUUUUUAGAUCCAAGUAACACCCUUCUCUAUCCCAUUUUACCACUUACACCUGCUGACUAUGAAGAAUUUGGGUACCCUGGAGACAUUGAUGAUUUCCGCGCUAUACAAAACUAUUGCCCAUAUCAUAAUAUUCAGAAGGAUGUUUUCUAUCCAGCUGUUAUGGUUAGCUCAUCAUUCAAUACAAGAUUUGGAGUUUGGGAAGCAGCAAAAUGGGUUGCGCGAGUGCGUGAGCGUUCCAUUUAUGAUCCUCAACGCCCGAUACUGCUCAACUUAACAGUAGACAUUGUGGAGGAAAACAGAUAUUUGCAGUGCAAGGAGUCAGCUUUAGAGACUGCCUUUCUAAUAAAGAUGAUGAAUUCCUGAUGUUCAUUUGCGGAUCCAGACCAGUCCCAGAAAUACAACAAAGCUUACAAAGUGGAAUGUGCAUCUAUUGGGGAGGUACAAUGAAAUCUGAUUCAACCUAGGUACAAUGAAAUCUGAUUCAACCUACAUAUACAAAACCCUCACAGGACAAUUUAUUUAUUUUUUACUUUGUUUCUUUUGGGUGCCAACGUGUUGUCUAGAUGAGAAAUGUUCUUUAGUAGGUGGGUUCGAACUUCCUGGCCUUUUUCGGGAGCAAAAUUUUUCCAUUUAUGUGGACUAGGUUGAGAGUUUUAAUUGGUAUCUGAAAAAGACUUAAGUUUGUGCUUGCGGGUUUGAUUUCUUUCUUGAUGCACUUGUUUAGUUGCGUACUUCA